CAUCGGAUACCAUCAAAUCUGUAAUGAUGUAAAUGACCUGGUUAUGCAAGGAGCCCUCCUAAUUCUUUUCCCUCCUACUCCAACCACUGGUUAUCGUCGCCCCGACAAAGAAGGAGUAAAAGAGAGACUCCGCGAACUUAUCAGUCUCGGAUUCAAUUUGACUUACCCUGUUAUUGGAGACAUAAUGCAACUUUUUGAACCUAAAUUAUCCGAUAUCGGUAACAUUCUUCUGGAAUCCUUUGACGAAAUCAAGAAUGACCCCGUCAAUGAGUUCAUGCAUAGGAUCCUAAUAGAGUCAAUUAAACCAGAGCGCAAUUUUAAGAAAUACGACAUAUGGAAGUUCUUAAACCAAAAAUUGGGAAAGAUUUAUGAUAGAAAAGAUACGCAAAUCAAUACUGGUAAUAAGGUAGCGAAAAAGAUGGAUGACCAUUUGAGCACGAAAGGAAAAAAACGAAUUGGCAAGUUGGAAUUUCAAGAAAAGGCAUUUCUAGAUGUCAUGGAUAGAUAUAUAGGAAAUACCAAUAAAUCUACCGGAACUUCUUUGAUAUUUACACCUAAAUUUUAUGAAUGGGUCUUGGAAACUUUUGGAGCUGAAGCUAAAAUCACCAAGAGGUGCUUUGAUGAUAUUCUCAAGACGCGCGUUAAUAUUGAUAAACAAUUUAUACAAACUCCAGAUACUAAGGUUCAAGAAUGCACCUAUGAAGCUAUAUCAAACAUCUGGAAUAUUUAUUGUAAUAAACAUGUAUCUUUUGAACAUAAGCACACGCAGCAUCUUUCUCAAGCAGCGCAUGAAGAUAUUCUCGAUCCACUAUUCAAAGGCUUCCUAUGGAGACUAUUUAAAUUAGAUCCGACCCAUGAUCACGAGGCGGUCACUCCCUCAACAACCAAAAAACGGCAUGAUGACUUAAGAACAUUAAUGAUAUGGUACGGUUGUCUUGUGAAUUUGAAAGAUCAUCUGAUGAUAUCUGGUGAUAAAUUUGCAACAAGAGAGUUUAAACAAUCAUUGGAAACAUUUUUGGAUGUUCUUGAAAGAUCCGAGUUUAAAAAAGGGAGCAAGAAAAGAAAACAGAGAUUAGUGAUAAAUCAAUCUAGAAAGCGACGAAGAAAGAAGGAAACAUAG